AUGUCCGAAAGGCAGUUCAAGAUCAAAGUGGGCACAUUGCGCCGAGUCAAGAAAGACCUCGAGUACUACGUCAAGGAACGCACCGCCCAGCAAGCCAAGAUUGACAAGAUGCGUGCUGACGACAAGGACGAAUACGACAUCCGGAAGCAACUCGAAGUACUGGUGGAGACGGAGACGAUGCUGCCGGACUGUCAGGGUCGCCUAAAAGAGGCAGUCACGGACAUUUCAAACUUCAUCGGGGCCCAUCGUGACGAGGUGGAGCUGCUCGAUGCUUUCAAGGAGGCACAGGAGCUGCUCGCGGCUAUUCCCAUGCCGCAGUAG